AUGACCGCGCAGCCAUACACCAGAUCAGUGAUACCGCGGUUGCUGAACGCAGCCAAAACAGUCAUCCCCAUCUACUGGAAGCAGGCGAACACACCCCCGAUAACACGAUGGCUAGAGGAAGUGGAAACCACUAGGAAAUUUGAAGACCUAAUGGCAAACACUCCGAAACUUCGAGACCGAUAUACCACACGCUGGUUCCACUGGAUACGAUUAACCGCAUCAAACGACUUUCAACGCCGCCUGGCCACACGGUAA